GUAGAUUAUUGUCGAUCUUGUCAGUUACUUUACAUAUUAUUAUUAAACAGUCGAAAUGGAAAAUACGACAAAUUCAAUGCCAUUGUAUACGCAAGUAUAUGAUGAAGAAAUCAUAAAAAAUCUCGAAAAUAAUUUUUCAAGAAUUAAAGAGGAAUGUUAUUUGGAUCAUGCAGGAGCAACAUUAUAUUCUGAUCUGCAAAUAAAAAAUAUUGCUUUUGAUUUACAGAAUUCACUUUAUGCUAAUCCACAUUCUAUUGGAACUGCAAGUAAUGUAACUCAAGAUAUCAUAGAGCGUAUGAGAUAUCAGAUUCUGAAUCACUUUCAUACAUCUACUGAUGAAUACAGUAUUAUUUUCACAUCAAGUGCAACUGCAUCCUUGAAGAUAAUAGCCGAUACGUUUCUUUUUAAUGAAGAUGAAAAAGAUGUCUCAGGACACUUUGUCUAUACACAAGAUAAUCAUACUUCAGUCCUUGGUAUGAGAGAAAUUGUUAAUAAAAAAGGAGCAAAGAUAACUUGUUUGGCUCAUAAUAAUGCUUUUAAAAUCUUCAAUUCUUCAAACUCUAUGGAUUUCUAUCCACAACAGAAUAAUUCAGCCAAAAGUAAUUCACUCUUUGUUUAUCCUGCGCAAUGUAAUUUUUCUGGACUAAAAUAUCCCUUAACAUGGAUUAGAGAUGUACAUAAUGGAGUUUUAUCUAGUGUUGUUUCCGAUACAUGUACAAAGUGGUAUAUCUUACUUGAUGCUGCUGGUUUUGCAUCAACAAAUGACUUAGAUUUAUCUAUCUACAAACCAGACUUUGUUUGUUUAUCUUUUUAUAAAAUGUUUGGCUAUCCUACUGGAAUUGGUGCAUUAUUAGUAAAAAAUACUAGUGCAAGUACACUUCAAAAAGUUUAUUAUGGUGGUGGUACCAUAGAUGUUACUUUGAGCUCUGAAUUGUUUCACAUAAAACGAAAAAUUUUCCACCAAAGAUUUGAAGAUGGUACAGUACCAUUUCUCUCUAUAAUUUCUUUGAAAUAUGGAUUUGAUAUAUUGUCAUUUAUUACUAUGGAAAAAAUUUCAAAACAUGUAUUUUCUCUUGCAAAAUUUUUAUACAAAUCUUUAUUAAUGCUUCACCAUAGCAAUGGAAAACCAGUUACAACAUUGUACUCUGAUACUGCUUAUGAUAAUCAAGAUAUACAAGGAGGUACUGUUACCUUUAAUCUUAUGCGGUCCAAUGGUGAAUAUAUAGGAUAUAUGGAAAUUUUACACAUGGCAGCUUUGUUCAAAAUACAUCUAAGAACGGGUUGUUUUUGCAAUCCUGGUGCAUGCCAAAGACAUUUAGCAUUAUCAAAUAAGGAAGUUCUUCAGAAUUAUGAGGCUGGAUAUGUUUGUGGAGGUUCUGCAGAUUUGAUAAACGAAAAACCAACAGGUGCUGUUAGAGUUUCAUUUGGAUACAUGUCUACAAUCAAGGAUAUUGAAACUUUAUUACUCAUGAUCAAAGAAUGUUUUGUUGAUGGAUCACCAAUAAACAAAAUUCCAGAUUGGUGGUUAGAUUAUAGAACAGCUUUACAUAAAAAAUAUAAUCAACAUGAUGCAAAUACAAAAGAUGUAACAAAUUAUAUCACACACAACGAAGCAAAUGAAUUUACAAAUACAUUAGAAAAAAUAAAACUGUCAGUUUCUAGACUAAUAAUGGAUACUGGUUCAAUUAAAAAGAAGUGUACUUUAGAACAAUUGUACAUAUACCCAAUAAAAUCAUGUGGUGCCUACAAGAUAAUAGGUUCCUGGAAUUUAAAUUCAAAAGGUUUACAGUAUGAUAGAGAGUGGAUGAUUAUUACAUCUUCUGGUAUUUCUUUAACACAAAAGCAACAUGUUAAUCUUUGUUUGUUAAAACCAAUAAUAUUUAAAGACAAAGGAAUCAUGCAAUUACAUUAUCCAGGAAUGUCUACUAUAGAAAUUCCUUUAGAUAAUAGCUCUACAAACAUUGCAAAUGAAACAAUAUGUCAAAGUAGAGUUUGUGGACAUAAAGUACAAGGUAUUGAUUGUGGUUCAGAAGUUUCUAAAUGGUUAAGUUCAGCAUUAGGUCUUCCAAAUUUGAGGCUUAUAAGACAAAAUGAUAAUGAUAACAAAAAGAAAAAAAGCACUAAGCCCGAAUUAUCGUUUUCUAGUCAAGCUCAAUAUUUAUUAAUAAAUGAGGCAAGUGUACUAUGGCUUAGUGAUAAAAUAUCUGAUAAAGAAGUUCAAAAAGAUACAAUCAUACAUAGGUUUAGAGGAAAUAUGAUAUUAAAUGGUUGUAAAGCUUUUGAAGAAACAGAAUGGAAACAUGUUUAUAUAGGAGAAAAUAGUUUUCUGGUCACUAGACCAUGCACUAGAUGUCAAAUGAUUUGCAUUGAUCAACUCACUGGUAAAAAGACAGUGGAACCACUACGUACACUUACAGAACAAUUUCAUGGAAAAAUGAGAUUUGGUAUUUAUUUAACCAAAGAAACUAAAGAAGAUGGAAUUAUUACUGUUGGAGAUGCCGUUCAAAUUUUAUAAAUGAGUGAUUAACAUUAUGAUCUUCAAAUACAACUGAAGGUAAUUAUAAGGUUAUGUGGAAAUAUGAUCAGAAUUUUACAUAGAAAAAAAUAAAUAUGUUUUACAAACCA